AUGUUUGGUCCACGGUGCGUGCUGCUCGUUGCGGCGACGCUGGUAGCGUUCCUGACGAUCCUCCAGCCGGCUAGUGCCGAUCGGUAUCAGGAUAAUAUCUUCUUCAACUACUACAACUCAUCCGGCGAGUUGGUGCACAUCUACAAUUUGGCAGAGAACAACACCUACGAGUACGAUAAGGAUUGCCAUCCGGGCACGAAGUUCGCUGUGCUCGUGUUCGGGUGGAAGAUUGGGUGUGAUAAGUACUUUGUGCAGGAUCUGAUAGGAAAUCUAACCAAACAUCGUGGAGGCUGUGUGAUCUGCAUGAACUACGAUCGCUUCGCACAGCUGAACGCAUACUCCCGGUUGCGUCGGAACUACAAAGAAAUUCACGGAGUAUUGCGCCAGAAGCUGGAGUUCCUCGAGCAAGAAGGCUUCAGCCCGGACGAUGGCUUUAUGUAUGGGUUCAGCUUUGGCGCUCAGGUAGUCCUCUCCGCGGCUAAGGAGUACGGGACGCGAAAACUGAAGGAAAUUGACGUGUGUGACAUCGUCGGUACGGGCUUUGACACCUCCGAUACGAACGCACCGAACCACCGAACGGCGGCCAAGAACGUGCAGUGCAUUCACACGAGCCGAAACUACGGCACACGCCACCGGACCAGUUGCCACCAGGACUGGAUCAUGGGCGAUUGUGGCAUCAAUCAGCUGGCGGCCCCCCUGUCGCCUUGGGGCUCGCACGGUGUCUGCACACUGCUCUACAACAGCGCGUUCGAGCACGACUUCUUGGCCAGCGUCAAGCCGGACAACUGUACUGCCGAGUCGGAGGUGCGCUCUUGGCCCGCGGGUUUCAAGAUGGGUUACACCGAAACGCGAAAGUCUACGGUACGCGGGCAGCUAUUUUCGCCAACGUUUGCCGUGUAUCCGUUCAAUGUGAACGUAACUGCCGUGGCUAAUUCCAGUACCACCGGCACUGGACCCGGCCCGAACGAUAUCGAACAGUUUCCGGGCUACGAGUUCCGGUCGGCAACGAACGAGUUCUUGGUGGACGAAGAAGAGCUCGACUCGGCGGAGGAUGCCUAA